UGGAUUGCCGUUACGGAAUGCGGAUUGACGUUUAUUUGUUUAUUGACGUCAAUUUGUAUUUUAUGGAAAAUAAUAAAUGAGAAAUAUAACAUUAUAGAAGUAAGAUUAAUUUCGAAUUAUAUCACGUAUAAUUUAUUUGGUUUCUCUCUGAUACAACACAGGAUCACCGACACGAGUUCUGAACCUACAGUUCACAGGAAUUCCUAUUUUCUUUUGAUUUGUAAAUAUGGAUAGCAAAGUGCGCCGAAACGGACGUUUGAUUGAUAUUGUGGAUGAGGAAUGGCGGGCCGAGGUUUUACCACACGAAGAUAUCCAAGUGCCGUUGGAAGAGCUCCCAGACCCCGAAGCUGAUAGCGCUGAUUCUCACCUGACACUCAAGGAGCAAAGCUUGCGAUGGCAGGAAAACUUCCCUGAACCAGCAAAUAACGAACAAAACUAAUCUAUUUGAACACGCUUUUAAUUGCUUCACCUGUAUCAUAUUUGUAUGCUACCAACUUACCACCUCUUUUACACUUGAGCUUGAUCCACUUUAAAUGGACAGAUGCAAUUCAAACGUUAUACACUUGUAAGUUUAUUUUGAUUAGGAUCACAAGGAUUAAAUCAUUUUCUAACAUAUACUCUGAAUAUGUGUUGAUUUUGUUGAUUCUAUAAUUUAUUGUUUUUUUAAUGUGUUUUCUAUUUCUGUUUUGUUUGUUU